GAAUAUGAAGCACGGACAGGAAGAAUGUAUAAACCUCCACUCCCAGCAGCAAGACGUAAAAAUAUUGAAUUUGAACCACUUUCAACUACUGCUUUGAUUCUGGAGGAUCGACCAGCAAAUCUUCCUGCCAAAUCAGUGGAGGAGGCUUUACGUCACCGACAAGAAUAUGAUGAGAUGGUGGCAGAGGCAAAAAAACGAGAAAUUAAAGAAGCACAUAAAAGGAAAAAAAUAAUGAGAGAGCGUUUCAAGCAAGAAGAGAAUAUUGCUAGUGCUAUGGUGAUUUGGGUCAAUGAAAUACUACCUAACUGGGAAGGCAUGCGUGCUACCCGAAGAGUUCGAGAGCUGUGGUGGCAGGGAUUACCUCCAAGUGUACGUGGGAAGGUCUGGAGUCUAGCUGUGGGAAACGAAUUAAAUAUCACUCCUGAACUUUAUGAAAUCUUCUUGUCAAGAGCUAAGGAACGAUGGAAAAGCUUCAGUGAGACAAAUUCUGAGAAUGACAUAGAAGAUGCAGGUGCAUCUGUUGCUGAUCGUGAGGCCAGUCUGGAGCUGAUUAAGUUGGAUAUAUCACGCACAUUUCCAUCCCUGUAUAUUUUCCAGAAG